AUGGCUGCCGAUGCUGUCUUCAACCAAGUCGAUCUUAACAAGGAUGGACGUGUAGAUAUCGGUGAAUUCCGUAACUUUCUCGGUCAAAACCUCGGUGCUGGUGCUGGUGCUGGCUAUGGUGCCAGUUCAUCAUGGGAAUCAGCAUCAUUAGGUGGUGGUGCUGGUUGGGGUGCUGGUGCUGGUGCUGGUUGGAGUGCUGGUGCUGGUGCUGGUGCUGGUGCUGGUUGGGGUGCUGGUGCUUCAGGUUAUGAAUCAGCAGCAUAUGAAUCAUCUGCAUCAGGCGCUGAUCUUGCUGGUGGUUAUGAUGCAUCAUACGCAGUUGGUGGUGGUCUUGUCGGUGGUGCCGCUAGUUACGAAUCAAGCGCUGCAUAUGGUGGUGAUGCUGCUUUCAUUGCUGGUGGAGCAGCCUUUGAUUCAUCAGCUGCUGCGGUUUCCCAGGCCCACUAUGCUGCUGAUGCUCAAGGUCUCUACCAAGAUCCAAACCCACAAAUCAUUCGUCGUCCAGCUCCCGGUGGUGUACAAACAUACACACAAAAUAUUCGAGUUCGCUUCCUUCAACCACCACCAGUUCCACCCCCAGGCCCACUCAUCAUCAGAGAAGUCCGCCCACCUCAACCACCUGUACCACCCCCACUUCGUCUUCGUCAAGUAGCUCCACCUCUUCCUCCUCCACCACCACUCGUUCUCCGUGAACGACCACCACUACCACCACCAGUUAUUGCAUCACAAACUGUCAUUCGUCGUUUGGCUGGUUUACCAGUUCCACCACGAUCAGUCAUCAUCGAACGUCUCCCACCUCCUCCACCAAAACCACGUGACAUCAUCAUUGAACGUUGGAUUCAAUAUGGACCUCAAGCAAAACGUCGUACCCUUCUUCAACGUGCUCCUGCUCCUCCACCAUACCCAGCUCCUCGCAAUGUUAUUAUUCAAUAUGAACCCGCUCAAGUUCGCAUUGUUCGUCAAUUCCAACGCCUCGGUGUUGUUGCCGCUAGCCCAGCUGCCUAUGUUCAAACCUAUGGUGCUCAACUUCUUGAUGGUGCUUCACUUCUUGCACAGGCUCGUGCUGCUGGUGUUGUUGAAGAUAUCUCAGCACCUGGCUAUGUUGGUUACAGUUCUGCUGCAUAUGGUCAAGAAUCAUUCGCUGCCUCAGCAGGUUUAGCUGGUGGUGCUGGUUUUAUUGCUGGAGGUGCUGAAGCUGUUGAUGCUGGUUUUGCUCUUGGUGGUGGACUCAGUUCAUCAUCAUGGGAAUCAUCAGGUGGUGCUGGUGGUUGGGAAGGAGGCCUCAUUGGUGGUGGUGGUUAUGGUGCAUCAUACGGAUCAUCAAGCUAUUCAUCUGGUCUUGCUGGUGGAGCUGAUGCUGCUUUCCUUAAUGCUGAUACCAAUUUAAAUGGCUCCCUUGAUCAAGGAGAAUUCCGUCAAUUCCUUGGUCAAAAUCUUUAA